GUGUCAAGUACGCGUUGUCAUCUACAGUCAAUACCCACAUCCCUGCGCAUAGGCUUGUGCCGAUCGUUGGAAGCUAUGACCUCUCCGCUCACCCAAAACCUCCAACCGCAAGCACACCUGGCCUCGAGUAGCAUCACACGACCUAACAACGAGCCUCCGGCCCACCUCAUUACCAACAUGUUCGGUGCACUUAACCGUUUCAUGGCAAGGCUUGAUGCCGCGCCAGAAGAUCAGCAAUCGGCAACGAACGGUGCUUUCGGCUUCCAGGUGUUGAAGAACACGAACACCGAAGUCCCCCUGGAGCCUUGGUUUGACUUUAUCAUUGGAAUCAAUGGAAGGACCAUAGACAACGCCGACCCGAAUCUUUUCGCGACUGAGGUGCGCAACUGCGCAGGUACGACCAUCAGUUUGGGCAUCUUCAGUGGCAAGGGUCAAAAAAUCAGGGAAUUGUACCUACCUGUACCGGCUGAGAACCCUACCCUCGGCAUAUCUCUCCAAUGGACACCACUUGCCGUUAUUGAGGAUGUCUGGCACAUUCUGGAUGUCAUUCCUAACUCACCAGCUGAUGUAGCUGGUUUAUUGCCGUAUGGUGAUUACGUGAUUGGCAGCCCAGAAGGCCUUGUAAGAGGUGAAUCUGGAUUGAGCGAGAUCAUUGAAGACUAUCUGAACAGACCACUCCGUCUUCUCGUAUACAACCACGAAUACAACGUCACCCGCCCUGUGACUCUCACCCCCGCACGCAACUGGGGUGGCGAAGGGGCUUUGGGCUGUGUUCUAGGUUUCGGCGCAUUGCAUCGCAUUCCAGCACCACUUGAAGAGCCGCCUCAGGCACCCGGUGAGACUCUGUUCUCUACCGGUAGUGCUUCUUUUGAUGAAAAGCGACCCGUAUCUUCAUCCUCCAACCUGCCUCCUCAAGGUUCACAAAACUUUGGCGCGGCCUCAGCUUCUGAACUCUUCGUACCUGCAAACAUAGCAUUGCCAAGCAAAUCACCACCUCCAACGACCGGAGGGCAUGCGCCGCCGCCAAAGAGGGGGAAGCAGCGAGCGCAUCACGCGCAUGCUAGUCCAGCUGGGGGAGGUGGACUAGACGACUACUUCAAAGAAGGGGAAGAGAAAAGUGCAAAGGAAGACUUUGCGCCUAAAACAACCGCAGGCGUUCCUCCUCCACCAAAAAUUGGAGGGCCACCUAGGGCACCACCCAAGAGCGAGACGCCGGUGCCGAGCGAAGAGAAGACAGAAGCAUAG